UAAAAAUAUCUACUGCGCAUUUGGUAUAUUUACCUUUUUAAGCUACCUACUGCGUUUCACGUAUCAGUAUCAACCGCACCACGGUUACGUAUUUCUUCAAUUUUAUAGAACUGUGUUGCUCGAUCUCCAGUUGAAAACCUUGAAGGUAUUUCGAUCGGUCUCUGCGUCGACGUAUUGGUGAAUCGCGUUCGUUUCUCAGUUCAGUGGAAAUUUUAUAUUGGUGUAAAUUUUGUGUUAAUUACUAAAGUUGUUCGUGCAAAAGGUGAUUUCAAAUAGACCGGCAAAAUGUUUAGCGGAAUCGCAGGUGCAUUCCGGAGCAUCGGAGAGAAGACAGCGUCGCUGUUCGAGCGCAAGAAGAAGGACGCCGAGCAGGUGGCCGAGGAGAAAGCGCACGAGGCAGCCGAAGCAUUGGAUGAACAGGCCAAGAAGACCGCCGAGAUCAUCACUGGCGCCGCCAAGACCGCAGAGAACGCUGCUAACGCUGCCGCAAGUGCGAGACAAUCUGCCAUCGAUGGAUUAGACAAAGAACUGUCCAAGGUGUCCUUAGCAGCUGGAGAAGCAAAGGAUGCAGCAAGCAAGGCGGUCGCCGACGGCAAGAAAGCCGUUGAUACGACAAAAGAUACAAUCGCGACCACGGUAGAUAACACAAAGAAAGCCGCUGAAUCCGCAGCUAACGCAGCCAAAGAUACACUAGCAAGCACGAUAGACACCACCCAAAAGACAGCACAAUCUGCCCUAGAUACUGGAAAAACAUAUGCAGUCGGUGCUAAAGAUAAAGUUGCCAAUACUGUUCAAAGCACUGUAGAUACAACACAAAAGCUUGCAAAAUCUACAGCUGAGACUGGCAAAUCAUACACCACAUCUGCGAGAGACACAGUUGCUAAUACGGUAAAUAAGACUGUAGAGGGCACACAAAAUGCUGCUAGGUCCGCUGUUGAUACAACCAAUGCUUAUUAUGACGGAGCGACAGAUGCAAUUGCAAGCACUGUAGAUAGUACAAAAAAAGCGGCCGAGCACUCAGUUGAAGUAGGCAAAACAUACGUCAAUUCUGCUAAAGAUACGGUACAAAGUACAGUUCAAUCCGCUAUUGAUACAACAAAAAAUGUAGUAAGCUCAACUGUAGAUACUGGAAAAACAUACGCUAGCAAUGCCAAAGACGCAGUAUCAAAUACUGUAACUGCUACAGUAGAUACAACCAAAAACGUAGCUGCAUCCGCUGUUGAGAAAGGUACCAACCUCGUAGGAACAGCUAAAGACACGGUAGCGAACACAGUAUCAGCCACAGUAGAUACAACUAAAAACGUAGCUUCAUCUGCCUAUGAGAAAGGUGCAACAUUUCUAGAAACAGCUAAAGAUACGGUAGCAAACACAGUAUCAGCCACUGUAGAUACAACUAAAAACGUAGCUUCAUCCGCCUAUGAGAAAGGUGCAACGUUUCUAGAAUCAGCUAAAGAUACGGUAGCAAACACAGUAUCAGCCACUGUAGAUACAACUAAAAACGUUGCUACAUCUACUUAUGAGAAAGGUGCCACUCUUGUAGGAACAGCUACAGACACGGUAGCUAACACAGUAUUAGCUACAGUUGAUACAACCAAAAACGUUGCUUCGUCUGCUGUUGAGAAAGGUACCACCUUCGUAGGGAGUGCUAAAGACACGGUAGCGGAUACAGUAUCAGCCACAGUAGAUACAACUAAAAACGUUGCUUCAUCUGCCUAUGAGAAAGGUGCAACAUUUCUAGAAACAGCUAAAGAUACGGUAGCAAACACAGUAUCAGCCACUGUGGAUACAACUAAAAACGUAGCUACAUCUACUUAUGAGAAAGGUGCCACUUUUGUAGGAACAGCUACAGACACGGUAGCUAACACAGUAUCAGCUACAGUUGACACAACCAAAAACGUUGCUUCAUCUGCUGUUGAGAAAGGUACCACCUUCGUAGGGAGUGCUAAAGACACAGUUGCAAACACAGUAUCAGCCACAGUAGAUUCAACCAAAAACGUAGCUUCGUCUGCUUAUGAUAAAGGUGCCACCCUUGUAGGAACAGCUAAAGAUUCUGUAGCAAACACUGUGUCGGCCACAGUAGAUACAACUAAAAACGUAGCUGCUUCUGCUGUUGACAAAGGCACUAAUCUUGUAGGCAAUGCUAAAGAUUCAGUAGUAAACACUAUUUCUGCGACGGUAGACACGACUAAGAACCUUGCUUCAUCUGCUGUAGGCAAAGGUACAACUUUCGUAGGAUCAGCUAAAGAUACCGUAGCAAAUACUGUAUCAGCCACAGCAGACACUACUAAAAAUGUUGCAGCAUCCGCUGUAGAGAAAGGCACUGCUUUUGUUGGAAAUGUUAAAGAUUCAGUAACAAGCACAUUUCAAAGCACUACAGACUAUCUGGAGGAUGGUGAAGGGAAAGUAGAAGAAACCAUUAAUACUACGGUGGAUAGCACAAAGAAAGCGGCUGCAGACGCGAAGGCCCAGGCACUUAAGGCUGCUGAGGCCGCCAAAGAAGAGGCCAGAAGGGUUGCAGCCGCAGCGGUGGAGGAGUCCAAGAAGGCAGCAGAGAAGGCUGCAGCGGAUGCGGCCAACGCUGUGAACAGCACCGUGGAUAACACAUUGAAACGAGUGGAUCACGCCACCAGCGAGGGCUUAAAGAACGCUGGACACGUGGUCGAUACUAAAGUCAAGGAUGCAGAUAAAUACAUCAGCGACAAGAGAGACACGCUUUUGUCGAACCUGUCUUCAGCAGCGCACGACGUCGAUCAGGGAGCCGCCGGGCUGCUCAACAAGGGGCUCGCCGCCAUCCCGAAGUAAUCUGUCAACUAUGCAACAUUCAACACGUCUGUACAACUUUGACUUUCAACCAUAGAGGUAUAAGAAUAGAGUAGGUGAGAUUAUAGACUCUACUACAAGUGGAAUUGUCCCUCUAAUAGAAAGAGAAAGAAGAUGAGAGACCGCUAGCUUUCUCUCUCUAAUCGCGCAUGCGCAUUGGCAACCGUAAGCAUUUUACUAUUUCGAUGUGAUGCCUUUGGAUGCCAUGCGUCACAAGAAAGAGAGAUAGCUAGCGGUCUCUCAUCUUCUUUCUCUUUCUUCUAGACGGACACUUUUAGAGCCGCCUUCCCCACUCUAUUCUUAUACCUCUAUGCAUUCAACACGUCUGUACAACUUUGACUUUCAACACCUGCUUUUCUUUUGUAAUAAAAACCAGCCUCUCUAGCAUGACCAUCAAUCAAAACACGAUAUAAUAAAGCGUUUUAUCGACAUUAACUGUAAAACUACAAUGCAGUUUGAUAUGUGAAUGGCGAUAAAAAGCUUUAUCAUAUCUUAAAGCGAAGCUCGUGGUAGGUACGGAGGCUUCACUUUUUAUCUAAUUUCUUACAAUACUUUAUCUUGAUGGUGAAAAUUCGGAUUUCAAUUUGUGAACAAUCCAAGAUUCAAAACAUCUGUAAUUACAUCUUUACCUACUUUAUGUACAAACCUAAGUACUCGGCUUAUUUAAGUUGUAUUAUGUCAAACAGUACAAUCGUGUACCGAUUUUAAUUAUUAUAUUUUUAUGUAAGUGAUAUUGAAUGUAACUACAAUAUAACUAUCAAAUUCUCAUUUAAUUUUGUAAUGUUUUGUGUAAGUCUAAACUUAUUUCUGAGCAUUUUUUAUGAGUUAUAUAGGUACUUACCUAAGUAUCUUGAUUGGAAGUGUGUUGUGUACUUAUCUCUGUAAGAAAAUACGAAGGAAAUGAGAAAGAGGAUCUUUUUUCAGCGACAACUUAAUUAUCCUCUCAGUAGUUCAAUAAAAAAUCAUAAGUCUGAAAAAUAAAAUACGAUAUCUACUACUGUUAGGUAGGAAUUGUUUCCAGAAAUAAUAGGCUAGUUGACACUUUUUGGAAAUAUGUUUUAAAUGGUUAAUAAUUGUUCAAUUAGACCGAAUCCGUUUUUUGCCUAGAAAGCUACAAAACUUUAAUUUUAAAAUAGAUUUUUCAUGGACAUACAAAAACGCUGUCGGCCAUAUUAGUCUAUAGUUUAUCUAUGGUAUGGGGGGAACAAUAGUAAACAAACACUCGCAAGCACGUAGGAUAUAACCUAUCUGAAUUUACAUUACAAAACCACGAUUUCUAAUAGAUUUUAUGAUAAAUAUAGAAAUUAUCAUGUUUGUAUUAUACGAGAAUAAAGAAACACAUCGUUAAAAACUCCAGAAAUGUUGUGGUUUCAAUUUUUAAGGUUAUGAAUGUACCUGCUAAGUCAAAGAGUUUUGUCGUUUCUGCUUUCACAAAUCCGGCGUCCAGCAUUAAUUUAGUUAAGAAAACCAAUAAACGGAAACUUUUCUUCAAGAUAUAAGAGUUUUUAGAUAUAUUUUAGUCAGACGAAAGAAAACACAGUAACAUGACAAUGACGUUUAGUAGUUUUGCUAUUAUGUUGACGUCACAAUCAUGGUGGACAGCGUUUUUAGUGUUUAAAAAGUAUAGACUAAAUAACUAUUUUUCAAAUUAAAUUACUACAGCCAUCUUCUAAUUUUAUGAAGUGAAAUCGAUGUAUUUAGGUUCCUCAUACCAAAAAUUAUAAGAAAUAAACAUUUGUAUAGUGCAAUUUGACAUGAGUCAACUAGCCUAUUAAGAAGUAUUUGCUUAUAGUUGUGACUCAGAAAAUUAAUAGGUACCCAGCACAUCUCUAUCGAGUUUAAUAUGUAGAAUAAGGUAACUAUGUAAGUCACAAAAACGCAAUCUUAUAACUGUCGUUUUUAAAUGUAUGUAUAGUAUCGUAUGAAGUAAGUUAAUUUGCGUUUAUUACCAGUUGCCCCCACGGGAUUGCCACCGGAGACAAAUGGGAAUGAAAUCCAAUGACUUUAUUCCCAUUUGCCUCCAGUGGCAAUACCCCACUUCAGUUUUUGUAUUCCCAUUUGCCUCCGGUGGCAAUCCCCGCGGGGCGAUUGGAAAUAUACUUUAAUUUGUAAGGUUUUUAUUUUAUUUGUUUGCAUUUUAAAAUGCAUUUUCUCUGAUAAAUUGAGACCUAUGCUUCGCUUAACCGUCCAAAUAACGGUCUUUGACGUUAAAAAUCUAUUUAAUACAGAAGUUGGCUUUCAUGAGAUGAAGCAGAACACACAUUUUAUAAUAUUGUUAUACUACAUUUCGAAUAAUAUAUAUACAUCAUUGUACCUGUUUUCUGGCAGAUUUGAAUAUCGCUGGUUAUUAAAUAACUAGGAUGUACUACUGUAAAAAAAAAAUACUGUAAAUUUACGACAAUAGCCAGAUGAUUUGAUAGACAAAUACUUCAUUAAAUUCGAAGUAUUGGGCUAUUUUAAUAUUUCAUUGUUGUUUUUAUUUUUUCAGUAUAGUAAAAACUUGUUCUAUUUAAUCUAAUAAUGAUAAUAAUUAAAAGUUUAAUUCACUUCGGAAAUUUGAUUUUGCAGUGGCACAAGUGGUUUAUUAUCGAAAAUAAAUAAAUACAUAUUACAAACAACAAUUAA